UUGUUGGAAAGACUCGGCUACUACAUACCUGCUGCAAGGAAUCCUUGCUCGUUUCACAGCGCCCAAUAAAUAUCCGGUUUAACGCAGAGGCUGUCCGAAGAAACUUGGACGGCGGUACAACUCUUGCCGUUGAAGGCUCGUCGUGCUGGACAGUGUACUUCAAGCGUGUAGAUUGUCGAAUACUCCUCAUUGUUUCUAUGACCUAACUCGGCCAAGAAUGGAGCUUAUCAUCACGCCCACGCAAGCACUUGUGCCUUUGUCAGUCCUGUUCCUAGUAUACCACGCAAUUCGAGCAUUGUUCUUCGGAAAAGCAGAAUCAAAGCAUUGGGAAGAGCUACCGGUCGUAGGCCUUCAGAAAGGAUGGUUCGAAUGGGUGUGGGCAACGUUGAAGUCCAUUCGAAAGACACAGGACUGGGCGUUCGAAGGUUACCGCAAGUUUGCUGCCGUGAACAGCCCUUUUAUUCUGCCUAGCAUUGACAGAGGAGCGAUGAUCAUCCUACCUCCACGUUUGAUCAAGAAGGUCUACUCGCUCCCGGAAAGCACGCUCGACAUCCAUGCGACGCAAAGUGAGACCAUUCAAACGAAAUGGACAGUCUGGGACAAAGAGGUAGCCGACAAUGACUUCCAGAUCAACGUUGUGCGUCAUCAGAUUACACGGAAUCUCGAGCACCUGACGCCGCUGAUGGCCGAUGAACUUGACAGAGGCUUCGAGCGGUGGUGGGGAGGUAAAGACGACACCGAGUGGAAGGAGGUCGCGGUAUGGGACGCGUGCUUGAAGUUGAUUGCCGGUGCGAGUAAUGGCGCCUUCUGCGGCGCACCGCUGUGUCGAGACGAGCAGUUUUUGAAUGAUCUUAGGGAUCAUGCGAUGAGCAUCUUCGCUGGCGCUAUGCUUAUCAACGCGACGCCCAAACCGCUCAAACCCGUCACUGGUGCUCUCGUAGGAUCCACCUGCUGGUACUUGCGACGAAAAGCGAUGAAGGGUUGUUUGCCUUUUGUAACAGAAAGAUUAAAUGCUACUGCCCAGUUCAAGGCUGAUGCGAAAUGUGGAUGGACCCCACCCAAAGACGGUCUCCAAUGGCUGAUCGACGAGUGCUACGCCGCAGCCGCGAAAGGAGACGUGGGGCAACUGGACCCGAAGCGAGUGGCACAUCGUCUUUUGUUGGUUAACGACAUUUCUCUGCAUUCGACCAGCUUUACUGUACAGAAUGUGAUCCUGGAUCUCUUCAGCUCGGAUCCAGCAAUGGGUUAUGUUGAUGCACUACGCGAAGAAGCUGCAUCGGUGCUUGCCAAGGCAGGUGGUGUAUGGACACGCGAUGCAGUGCGAGAUCUGAAGCUCAUUGACUCGAUGAUCCGUGAGUCAAUGAGACUCAAUCCAUUUGCGAUUGUUGGACUUCCGCGAACAGUCGUGCAUCCCGAAGGUAUCCGACUUCCGGUGUCCAACGUUCAUGUACCACAAGGAACCAUGAUUGCAGUUCCUAUGGAGCCGAUUCAUUAUGACGAAAGCAUUUAUCCUCAAGCACGCAGCUUCAACGCGUUUCGUUUUGCGGAUCCGAACAACGUUACUAGUAUUGUCGACAAUUUCGCAACCAAGGAUGAUCUCGAAGCCACCAAAGCCGAUGCAAGCGACCGUAAAGGCAAGUCCACUGCUACUCUUGAUGACGCUUUCCUUGGUUUUGGGUUUGGACGGCAUGCGUGUCCUGGACGAUUCUUCGCUUUGAAUGAGAUGAAGGUCUUCAUAGCACACAUGCUGCUAAACUAUGACGUUGAGCACAUGGCAGUCAGACCAAAACCUCUGGAUACUGUAUGGCUGAAGCUUCCGUUACAUGGUGGAAAGAUCCGAGUGCGUCGAAGGCCGACAGUUGCGUAGAUAGGACAAAACAUGCUUUGCUUAUCUGUGUAUCGAGUGCAACCCUAUAAUCGCUACUUUGAUGAUACGAUGUAAUCCAUGUGUAUCUGCCAGAAUAGGGAAUUGUACCAACGGUAGAGAACAGUCGUGGGCAAGACAUAGCCCGUUUGCCUGAGACGGAUGUCGCUUCCUCGACCGCAACAUACAGUUUCGUGCGGGGGGCCAUAGCACCUAGAAUCUGAGCCGAGGUGAUGGAUGCGUAUC